AAGAGGAGAGGCGCCGUUUUCACUCCUUGGUGGGCAGCCUCAUGUAUGCGGCCGUUCACACAAGGCCGGAUGCAGCCUUUGCUACCGGGCAGCUGGCUAGGGUUGUCCAAUGCCCUAAUGAAGAGCAGGUAGCAGCUGGAGAGAGAGUGGCCAAGUACCUUGGCCAAACAGCAACUGUUGGACUGCAAUACUCCGCGGCGGCACAAAGGCGUCAAAAGGGUGCGGAUGGAGUCGAACCCGGGAGGCUUUUUCUCACCGCCUUCUCUGAUGCAUCUUGGGCAUCAGAACCAGAGGACAUGACAAGUGUGGGAGGCUUCAUCUGCUGUGUUGGUGGAGGGCCAACAGCUUGGGAGAGCAAGAAGCAAUGAAAAUAGUAACGUUACUUCGUGUAGUGUUACAUUUCACUUGGUGUAGCCCCUUGGAGGGUUGGUUUCGAGACUCUUCAUGGUUGGGGACCCUGUGGUGGUGUACCACCAACCUGGACCUCGGCUCUUGGGGUAUGUAGAGGCUGGGAACCAUCUCCCUCUCGAAUUCUUCUUCCUAAGUUUUUUGUACUCCUAACACUAUAGUGGCUGCUGUACCUCCUGCCAGUCAAACCGCCAUAGCGUCGUCAAAUCUCGAUGGAAUUUUAUGAUUCAACUUGCUGCUGAUAGGCGACACCAACGCGCUCCAGAUCCAAUUUACAGAUCACCGUUUGAGGCACACAUCAGAUCGGCAUCAAUAUUUGAAGCUGGCUGACGGAAUUCUGACUGUGCAC